AUGGCAAUAGGAGGUUUCGAGAUGGAGCUUUUAAUGACAAAGCUCGAUUACUUGCAAGACAAGCUGCAAGAGGUGGAGCAAACUAUGAAAAGUUCGCUGAAGAGUGUGGAGGCAUCCGAAGCGAGUACACGAACUAAAUUGGAGGAAUUGAAGGACCAUUUGAUGCUCAAAAUUGACCACAUUCAGGAAACAUCGCUAACUGAGCUCAAGAAACUAGAAGAAAAUAAGGAAAUUCUUGAUAUUCUAACGAAUUUGAUGCCUGCCCCUGUCCGUUCAUGUCGUCAAGUUACUAAAAAAUCUGGCACGUAUCUGUUCCGUUUGUGGAAAAAUUCGAAACCAUUCGAGGUCUUUUGCGAACAAAAUAAGUUCGAAGGCGGCUGGACGGUAAUCCAGCAUAGGUUCGACGGUUCAGUUGACUUUUAUAGGAACUGGACGGAGUACCGCAACGGAUUCGGGAAUGUAAAUGGCGAAUUCUGGCUCGGGCUAGAAUACGUGCAUCAAAUUACCAAAAACCGACCGCAUGAACUGCUGGUGGAAAUGAAAGAUUUCCACGGAAACUACGGAUACGCUAAGUACGACGAGUUUGAGAUAGGGGACGAAUCGGAGUUGUAUGUGUUGAAGAAGUUAGGGACAUACUCAGGGACAGCAGGAGAUUCGAUGACGACCCACAAGAAUCACAAGUUUAGCACAUUCGAUCGCGACAAUGACUCAGGUCCUGAUAAUUGUGCUAAGAAUGCGCACGGAGCCUGGAGGUACACCAACUGCCUCCUUUCCAAUUUGAACGGGCGUUAUCAUAACACAAGAAGAGAUGGUGGUGCGAUGGUGUGGUACGAUUUCAAAAAAGACGUUCGUGGUUUGUCUUACUCACGAAUGAUGAUUCGCGGUAUUAUUAAUUAA